AUGGAGUACUCCAUUAAGGAGCAUGCGCUGCUGAGUGGAUUGGAUUGUCAUGACUACCCUAGCAACUAUGGGGAGCUGAAGGACAAGGAUGCCGGCGAUUUCAAGUUUGUUGAAAAGUGGUUCAAGAGAAGGACCAAUAUUACCAUAGCAGAUGUGAAGAAGAAGCUAGAAAGCUUUUGCGUUGAGUGCAUUCCUGCGCUUGCUCGAACCUUUCGAGAACCUGUUCAUGCAGAGAGCGACUGUCCAAGGUUGUGCAAGCACAAUUUCAAAGCAACUUACAUGAAAGGUUAUCCACUGUCCGAGAUAAACGAAGCAAUUGGGAGCAAUAGGUCGACCUUUGGAGAGACCAUUCUAAUCGUCCAGAAGAAGAAGAUAUGGUGGGAGUCUCUGUACAAGAUUGACUUGGCCGGCAGAGGUAUCACCGAGUUUGCAAAUGAAGUACCAAUGCAGGCACCUGACAACGGUGGAUCAGUUCAGGGAAUGAUGGAAACGAUGAAAGCUUUGAUCGAGGAAGCAACAAAGAAGUUGGAGGAUAAGAUGGAUGAUGUUACCUCAGAGAUUAAGGCAAUGGUUGGGGACUUAGAUGAGAGACUUGAUAUGGUUGAAUGUUAUGUCAAUGAGCAACGAACCAAGAAGGCUCAUGAUAGAAGCGGAGCAAGUAGUUUUCCUCUAGGUUCUGCUUUUCUGGACUCCGGCCGAGAAGAAGAAGAAGAAGCAAGUAGUAGAGGAUGA